GUCAAUGUAUGUCAAUGGAUGAAGCCUUCCAUGCGCCAAGUCUCAGCAUGAGCCUCUCUCGCCAUUCCCCUACGCAGGUUGCGUUCGCCACAGCAGAGAGAGAGAGAUAAGCAAGCAAGAAAAUGAGACCGUCCACACGGACGCUGGCGGGCGACAGGACAGGUCCGUGCUUGCAUUCUUCUUCUCAGCAUGCUUUGCAGCCUCCAUCCGUCCAUUGACUCAUCCAUGCAAGGCGUCAGAGAUAGAUCUGGACGCAGGCUCACAAAACGCACAGUCCUGAUUUCGUUCUCCCUUCGUUCUCUCUGCGAGCUCGUGUCGAGCGUUUGGCGGCCGGCAUCACACGGCCGGCGCUGUGUGUGUGCAAGCAUCUGGAUUUGUGUGUGGUAUGCACUUCAGUUCAAUCGAUGCAUGCACCACACACAGCGAGCGAGUGCGUCCGUACAGCUGACAUCAAAGUGCCGUUCACACGAAUGUCAGGACGUAGACUGGCAAGCCCUUGGCCAUCUCGUUGGCUGUCGUCUCCACCGCUUGCAGCCCAUCGUGCUGGAUUGCGCUCAACAGCUCUUCCUUGCCCACCGCCCCCGAGUGUGUCCGGCGGCUUGCGAAGUAGUCGGCCAACUCGCGUCGUCGCUCGGCCACCGCCGACAGGUGACUUAUGAGCGCUGAAAAGCCGCCAGACGAACGGGGCGUCAACACUGCAAUCAUCCCAUGCACCACCAGAGGGCCAGAGAGACGUAUCUGUGUUUACGUCGAUAUAUCUGCGCGUCGUGUUACUUACUUGGCGCGACGCCGGCAGUUUGGCACGCCUCGCUGACCGACACCUCGAUGAACGCUGCGCACACCAGAGACAUCCAUCGGCGUCCGGUCCGUGUCCCUACGGAAUGCGAUGCGUGUGCGUACCUUUUGGGUUUGUGUGUCCGGCGAGGAUGUCGAGCUUGAGUUUGUCUCUCAGCGGGUUGGUCUUGUCCCACAGCAGCUUGAAGAAAGCAACCACUGCCUUGCCUGCAAUGCCAUGCAUGGACACACACACACACACAGACAGAGAUGUGCGGACAAGGAAGGACCAGCCUGGACAAGGAGCACCGGGCAGCUCAGGGUCCUUCUCCAGAUGAAACCUGCAGGAACACAUAGAUGGUCUGACUGGUCGAUUGUGGCGUGAGGGUGUGCUGUGGUGUGCUGUUUGCCAUUUGGGGUGCUGUGUCAUAAGCCGAAAGUGGACGUCUCCCAUGUUGAGCGGAUCAGCCAACACGCCCUGAAAACACACACACACACACACGCACACACACAAAAGAAGAGGAGUGUGUCUCCCUCCCUCUGCCCCUCUGUGUGCAUCUGUUUACUGUGAGCUCCUCUCGGAUGUUCGUCCGGCGACGCAGCACCGCGAUAAUCUCAGCGACCGACCGAUGUGUCAU